GCCCAGGCCACGCCCACUCCCCUCUGGGCUGUGGUGUGGGGCCCCACGCACCCGCCGGAGGACGAGACGCAUCACUUCCUGUCCAGCCAGGACCCCGACCUCGUCACCACGGCCACCGCCGAGUUCUGGCCCUUCCCCCAGGACGUGGUCAGCAGCAGCCAGACCCGGGGGGAGCCCGCCCUGGAGGCCCGGCACCCCGGGGGCCCCGACGCCGGGGGGGCGCAGGCGGAGGAGCGGGAGGCGGAGGAAGUGGACCCUCAGUUCUACGUCACAGUGACCAUCUCUUCGCUGCUUAUCUUCACGGCAGUCGUCAUAACCGCCAAACUAUGUUACGACCGCAGCUGCUCCCAGCAUCCGCCCCCGCUCUCCCGCGCCGUGGCCCCUCCCCUCACCCUGGCGCUCCCUCGCUCCCUGGCUCCCGAGGACAGCCGGCAGACCCUCCACAGCCCCCCCUUCACCGACCGCGAGAGGUAA